CUGAUAAUUUGAACGAGGCCAGCUUUCCCGCAAGUUCAGGAGAGAGGCGCGCCAAAUUUUAAUGUCGAGUCUACCGGUCAUCGACGGUCACGGUACGGGUGCGGACCGGGCAUCACGAUAUUACUGACAUACUGUAUGUAGCCCUGCAUGUGGGAUUCCGGGACGGGAGUACGCAUUGCACUACGUACACAUGACAUAUGUUUCACCACAUCCGUCGUUAAUUUCAUCGAGCUGGCAUUAGCUAUAGCAAGCGAUGAUCGCGUGAUAUUGUGAUUCAUCAAAAUUCAAAUGAAUGCGUGAUAUUGUGAUUCAGCAGCGUUUACUUUUGUUCAUCAUGGUUCUGUCACUGACAACAGCAAGAGCCAAACACGGUUCAAAAAUAGGCCUAGGCCUACUCAAACAUGAAGUAUCAGGAUAUCGUGAUGUAUGGGACUUCGUGCACGAAACAAUGUUGCGGCUUUGCUGCUCGCCAAGUGACCAGUACAUCUUUGAAUCGGAGAGUCAGCUGGAGCAAGUUCCCCCGUUUGCAUGCAGCAUCUCAAAGAUGGCCAACAGUUCUCAUCUGUUGGCUGUGGUUGAUGAGGAUGGAUUCGUGACCCUCCUUAACACGAGGCAUUCUGCCGAAGUUGUCAAAGUCUUUCGUGCACACAAAAAUGCGGUGUUCGAUGUAGCGUGGGCCAGCGGCAAGAACCAGCUGGUGACCGCGUCGGGGGACCAGAUGGCGGGCCUGUGGGACGCAGUGACGGGCACCCCCCUGGGUGUCUUCAGGGGUCACAGCUGCAGCCUCAAGUCGGUGUGUUUCCGUCCCGGCGACAGCCAUGUGUUUGCCACUGGGGCCCGGGACGGCAACAUCUUGGUGUGGGACACUAGGUGUAACAACAGAGGUGGAAGCCAGGCACCCUACCACACAGCAGUCAACGUCAUCAGGGAGGCCCAUGCUGAGGCAUCCAAGCUGCGCAACACUCCCUCCAGGAAGAGAAGCAGACUGUCCCCCUCUCUGCCAAUGAGGGGUGACAACCUGUCUAGUGUCACUGUCGUCAACUUCCAGGACGAUAUGUCAUUGUUCUCAGCUGGUGCCACCGACAGCACAAUCAAAGUUUGGGAUCUGAGAAAAUGCAACAAGGGAAUGAAGAAGGCACCGACGCCCAAACUAGUGUACCCCUACGCUGGAUCUAGCAUCAAAAACGGCGGCUUCUCCAGCCUUGUGUUCAACUCCACGCGCAGUGAGUUUUUUGCGAGUUGCACCGACGACAUCAUCUAUCGCUACAGCACUCUCGGCUCCCCGACGCGACCCAUAGCAACUUACUCCGGCCACCAGAACUCCUCGUUUUACGUCAAGAGCGCCCUCUCUCGUGACGACGGCCUUCUGCUCAGCGGGUCUAGAGAUGGCAAGGCAUAUAUUUGGAAUGUUGAACGGCCACAAGCUCCCCCUGUCACCCUCUGCGGACAUGAAGAUGAGGUUACUAUGGUUACCUGGGCAGAGGAUGACUUUCCUAAGGUUAUAACUGGUGCAGAUGAUGCCUCCAUUCGCAUCUGGCGAUUGCACAACUAUGAAAACCCACCUACACGUCAUCAAGCUCAAGACGGACUGAUUGGACAUGCUGAACAGUCGCAAUUGAGUACUCAAAUGAAGGAAAAUCUUCCGCCCGUUACCGAAAAUGCUUCCCUCCGAACUUGCCACUCAACACCCCCUCGUCUGAGUAGAUCCACGUCUUAUGAACAAGAAACGGGGAAAGUCUCCUCAGCUCCCCCAACAACCCCGACAACUCCCAAACCCCCAAGCAGGCGCAACUCUUCAAUAUCGGACUGGCUCAAGAACAGCCCCAAAACCAACGUCAAGUGUAAGGAGAACAGUCAAGACGUCGAGAACUCGUGCACAAAAACCGACUCCGAAAGGCAGGCAUCAUCUCCACAGAAAGCGCCCAAGGAAAAGUGUACUGUUCUCGGAACUGCAAAUCUGAAUGACAUCAAUAUCACAAACACCAAAGUUAGUGGCUCGGAACAGAUUGUAGUAGAUGCACAAUCAGGAUUUAAUUCUGGGCUCAAGGAGCUUAAAAGUUCCCCAAAGACCAAACAUGUCGGUACCGUUUUGAAGCAGCACGACAGUGCGCAGAGAGAGGAUUUGCCUUGUGAUGUUCCAGCGAAGGCCAAGAGAUUAGGAAUUCUAGACGGAGCAGCGAUAUCUAUUGAUUCGACCAAGGAUUUACAAGUGGAGUUGGAUUUGAUUGCAAACACAAGAAGCAAGGCACACGAUCACCUGCAAGACUUUUCAAAUGGGAACCGGCCAACUAAACCAAGUCCUGUUAAGACAGCAGAUACUCCAAUAGAUGACCAAAGUUCAGCUGUUAUGGCCAUUGAUUCUGCUUCUCAUCGGAACAUGCUUUUAGAAACUUCAGUUGAAAAAAUCGACACAGGCUUGAAAGAAUCUCCACGUCCAGGCCAGAAGCGCAAGAGGAAUGAGUUUGCGGAAGAGUUAUUAACCACAAAUAAGAAUUUCAAGAGUGAAAAUCAGAACCAAGACGGUUCGGAUUCGGCAGCUGAAGCGAUUUUCCCAGGACUGGUGAAGCGCAGCAGAAGCCUGGACUCGCCAAGAGAUGCUAAGGGCAGGGGGCGGGGCUCUUUGACAAGCCACGCCCAGCAUCAAAUGUGCACGUGCAGUUGCUCUGGAAACCACAGACACCCACCUGGUAAUUCAACAGCGGGCAAUGAAGCAGCCAAUGGUAAUGCGGCAACGCAAAGCACAGAACUGACUGAUUCUCUCGAUGGAACAAGUUCAGGCAGAGAGACACCAAAGAUCAGCAGCUGUAACGGUUCGACAAAGAACAUCUGUUUCUACUUUCGGCCGCAUACCCGAGAGGUCAAAAGGUCACACUCCGACGGCACCCUGGUGAACAUGUUGAAUGGCAAAGCCUUAUCAACAGUGACUCCCAAGCAUGUGAAGUGAUGUACGAAUACAACGUGGUUUAAAGGCCGGUGAAUGUGAAUACAUUUGAAAAUCAGGAAACGUUCACGGCAAAUUCGCCAGAGUUAAUCUGCUCAAU